ACACCCAGCCUCUCACACUAUAGCUCUCGCUCCACCGGGCACAAGAUCACAAGGUCACGACUCACGAGUCAGUUUCGACAGAAGCAGGUCGAUCGCCGGCGGAGACUGAGAGGAGGAAGAAGGUCGAUCGAGGAUGAUCGGGUGGGGGGACGUGUACAAGGUGGUGGCGGCGACGGCGCCGCUCUACUUCGCGCUGUUCCUCGGCUACGGCUCGGUGCGGUGGUGGCGCAUCUUCACGCGGGAGCAGUGCGACGCCGUGAACCGCCUCGUCGCCUUCUUCGCGCUGCCCUUCUUCACCUUCGAGUUCACGCUGCACACCGACCCGUUCCAGGUCAACUACCGCGCCGUCGCCGCCGACGUCAUCUCCAAGGCCGUCAUCGUCGCCGUCAUCGCCGUCUGGGCCAGGUUCCUCGGCCGGAACGGCGGCGGCAAGGGCGCCGCCGGCUGGUCCAUCACUGGCUUCUCCCUCUCCACACUCACCAACUCGCUCGUCGUCGGCGUGCCCAUGGCCCGCGCCAUGUACGGCGAGUGGGCGCAGCAGCUCGUCGUCCAGCUCUCCGUCUUCCAGGCCAUCGUCUGGCUCACGCUCCUCCUCUUCGUGCUCGAGGUCAGGAAGGCCGCCAUCGGCAUGUACGUCGACGUCGGCAAGACCAGCGUUGUCCAUGACGCGCCGCUGCCCGAGUCGCCCGUCAAGGCCGACGUCGAGGCUGCGGCCGGCAACGGCGCCGUGGCCGUGCUGGUGGUCGGCGGCGGCGCCCAGGAGGUGGCGGUGAGCGUCGGCGGCAAGCCGUCGGUGUGGAGGCUAGUGAAGACGGUGGCGCACAAGCUGGCGCGUAACCCCAACACCUACGCCAGCUUCGUCGGCAUCACCUGGGCCUGUGUCGCCAACAGGCUACACAUCGAGCUGCCGAGUGUCCUGGAGAACUCGGUGCUCAUCAUGUCCAAGUCAGGCACAGGGAUGGCCAUGUUCAGCAUGGGGCUAUUCAUGGCGCAGCAGGAGAGGAUCCUGGCGUGCGGGCCGAGCUAUGCGGCCCUGGGCCUGGCCCUCAAGUUCGGGCUCGGCCCGGUCGCCAUGGCCAUCGGCUCCAUCGCCGUCGGCCUCCGCGGGGACGUCCUCCGCGUCGCCAUCAUACAGGCUGCACUACCUCAAUCAAUCACGUCGUUCAUAUUUGCAAAAGAAUACGGGCUGCAUGCCGACGUCCUUAGUACUGCGGUAAUUUUUGGGAUGCUUGUCUCCCUGCCAUUGCUAGUAGGACUUUAUAUAGUCUUAGAGCUAAUUAGGUAGACGCGGAGCCUUGGAUUCAUCAGGAAAACAGAAUUUUUCCCUGAAGCGGCCCAAACAUAAACGCUGACAAGAAAUGUUAUGACAUAUCGCAUAACUACAUUCCUCAUCCCAUAAAACUCCAGUGGGAGUUAUCUGAGCGCUAUGGAAUACUUUUAACACACCGUGUAACAACAAGGCUUACUUAUUCUGUUACUCAAGAGAAUGUAUUAUAAGAAUACUGGAUUC